GGCUAAGUGCGUCGGACAAUGAAGCUGCAGCUACCUUUAGUGGUUAUAAAAAAAUGGGAGAGGCAUUUUCACUUCCUUUUUCUUUUAUUUUCAACACUCUUUUUUUCCUUCUUUCAUUCCCACAGUCUAUUUUUACCCUUUCUUUUUACUUUCUUUCUUGGAUUUCCUUUUUACCUAUAAGCUUAGCAAAACAUUAUGAUACGGUUUAACUGUAUUUUAUUAUGUUACUUUAUCAUUGCAGUUUUCAUUCAAGUCCAGGCACAAACCAUUCAUGACGAUGUAGUGGAGAAUACUUACCGAUUACCCGAUCCCGUAUUGGCUGACAACAACAACAAUAACUAUAAAGAUAACAUUCUAACCGACUUUUUGGUGGACGAGGAAGACGAAGAAGAUGACGAUUCUGUUGAAGAAGACGAUGAAGACGAUGAAUUAUCUACUACUUAUGAUAUUGAUGCUGAACCACUUCUGGAAGGCGGUUAUUAUGGAUAUGGUCAAAGCAAAGAACAAGAACAAGGUGAUGAAUUAGGUGAAGAACUUUAUGUGGAAUACGAUGACGAAACUGAUAAUACGGACAAUACUGGCUUACUUUUUGAAGAUGAUGAAGAACCUUUGGAAUUUAAGAAUAAUGAAGAUAUCGAUAUCAAUGAACUCUUAUUUGAAUCUAGUCAAAAGGAUCAACAACAAUAUGAUCAUUCCCUGGUGGACGCGACACAUCAACAUAUGGACGAUUUAUUAGGCAACGCACAUGAAGCUUUGGAUACUCAACCAAAUGAUGAUGAUAGCGAUGAUGAUGAACAUCCUGAUCAUUCUAUAGAUACAGAUGAUGCCACCUCUUUAUUCCAAGAUGAUCCAUUGACUCCUGAGGAUCAUACUCACGAUAUCGCACCACCACCACCACCUCCUCCUUCUCCUCAUCAUGAUGACUUUAUUUACACUCCUGAUACUUCUUCUCAACAUUCUCGAUCUCAUUAUAAAUUACCUUUGUUUGGUGUCUUACUGGUCCUUGUUCUUUUAUACAAAUCCAAAAAUAAGAAUCAAGGAGGUCGUAGUAAAUUUUUAGAAAAGGAAGAAAAUAAAGGAUUACCGUUACAUAACAAAGAUAUUAAUACCCCAGAUAUUGUGUCAUACCCUACCAGUGCACCCACUGGUUCCAUUCUAUUGUCCUCACCUACCAAACAGGGAUUUCCGACUAUUAUCAAUCAAGAACAGCAGCCAACACAGCAGCAACCUCAACAACAACAACAGUCAAUACACCAACAGCAACAAGAACAAAAUGGGUUUCAUGGAUAUUUGGGUCGUCGAUCAUCAGCUUCUUCAACAAAUAGCGGACGACACCAUUCAUUAUCGGGCGUAGCUGCAAGUGCUGUCGGAGUCCAUGGUGGUCACACACGUCGUAUUUCUUUAGGUCAUCCAAUACAUCAUGCUAUCAAGGAAUCAAAAUGGGAAGAAGAUUGGGAUGAAAAAGUGGAAAAACAUAGACAAUGAUCCUUAAUAUUAUUCCUAAUUGUUUUCUUCCAUUCUUCAGCUUUAGUAUAUUCUCUGUUUACCCUUUUUUUCUACCUGUAUAUUCUCCUUUUCUCCUCCUUUUGUUUACCAUCAUUAAUGAUUAUCCUUUUUUUUCAUCUUCUUUAAUUCUUCUCUUGUUAUCCAAUGAAAAAAAUAAAAAAUAAUUGUGCACCUCUUUUUACUUUUUUA